AUGAAAAAAACAAACAUGUGGUUUCUGGAGCGUAUCCGGGGGUCUGGGGAGAACGGCGGGGGCCGAGGGGUGGGAGGGGAGGCCGGGGACAAGGCCUCCAAAGGGCCUCUGUAUAGCAAUGUGCUGACACCCGACAAGAUCCCCGACUUCUUCAUCCCUCCCAAGCUGCCCUCGGGCCCCACCGAGGCCGAGGGGCAGGCCGAGCUGGGCCCCUCCCCAUCGGAACAGAACCUGGCCUCGGCCGCUCCCCGCCGAGCCCCCCGGAGCCCUCGGCUGCCCGCCAAGCUGGCUGCUGAGAGCCGCAACCUGCUGAAGGCGGCCACCAAACAUGUCAUCCAGAUAGAGAGUGCCGAGGACUGGCCGGCUGAGGAGGCCACCAACGCAGACCCCCAGGCCCAGGGCGCCAUGUCCCUGCCCUCCGUGCCCAAGGCCCAGACGUCCUAUGGCUUUGCCACCCUGGCCGAGAGCCCACACACACGGCGCAAGGAGUCUCUUUUCCACAGUGAGCACGGGGCCCUGGCCCAGGUGGGCUCACCCGGUGCAGGGCGCCGCCGGGCAGGUGGCAAGGCCAAUGGAGGUGAUGGGGGGCCACGGGAAUCUGGGGGGGGGCUCAUGAGCCCAGGGCGCUAUUUCAGUGGUGGGGAGAGCGAUACGGGGUCCUCAGCCGAGUCUUCUCCAUUCGGGUCCCCUCUGCUGUCUCGCUCUGUGUCCCUGCUCAAGGGCUUUGCCCAGGACAGCCAGGCCAAGGUGAGCCAACUCAAGCACUCAGUGGGUCGCCACGGGUCCUUGUCGGCCGAUGACAGCACGCCCGACACCAGUCCAGGAGUCCGGCGGCGUCUCACUCGCCGGGCCACCCCAGAACCUGGUCCUGAGUCUGGCCAGACACCUCGUGGGGAGCACACAGUGCGGAUGGGGGUGAGGGGCAGUGUGCGGCUGCUGGCCGAGUAUGAGGCGGCCCAGGCCCGGCUUCGGGUGCGCCUGCUGGCGGCCGAGGGCCUGUAUGAGCGGCCAUGCGAUGCCCGCAGCAUCAACUGCUGCGUGGGGCUGUGCCUGGUGCCUGGCAAGCUGCAGAAACAGCGGAGUACCAUCAUCAAGAACAGCCGCCACCCCAUCUUCAAUGAGGACUUCUUCUUUGAUGGCCUGGGGCCCGCUAGUGUCCGGAAGCUGGCCCUGAGGAUCAAGGUUGUGAACAAGGGCAGCAGCCUUAAGCGGGACACGCUGCUUGGGGAGAAGGAACUGCCCCUCACAUCUCUGCUCCCUUUCCUGUAA